CCGGCCGCCCGGACUGCCGGGCUGCUGCGGUCGUCGCGGCCCGGCUCGAUGCAGCCCGGUUCCUUGGCCCCACGCAGCGGCCCACUCUCCAGCACCUCCCGAAAUGGGGCGCCGGUCAUCAGACACCGAAGAAGAAAGCAGAAGCAAGAGGAAAAAGAAACACCGCAGACGCUCCUCUUCCAGCAGCUCUUCAGACAGCAGGACGUACAGCCGCAAGAAGGGUGGGAGGAGGCCACGGUCCGAGUCCAGGUCCUGGUCUAGAGACCGGCAGCCUCGCUCACACUCUUAUGAGAGAAGACGCAGACACAGGUCCAGCAGCAGCUCUUCUUAUGGCUCCCGAAGAAAACGAAGUCGAAGUCGUUCCCGGGGUCGAGGGAAGUCCUAUAGAGUUCAGAGGUCUCGCUCCAAAAGCAGAACAAGAAGGUCCAGGUCAAGACCUCGUCCACGUUCCCAUAGUCGAAGCAGUGAGAGAUCCAGCCAUAGAAGAACUCGUAGUAGGUCUAGGGACCGAGAACGACGCAAAGCACGGGACAAAGAGAAGCGGGACCAGGAGAAGGACAAAGGCAAGGACAAAGAAGGACACAGCAUCAAACGGGAAUCUGGAAACAUCAAAGCUGGAUUAGAACAUCUGCCACCAGCUGAGCAGGCCAAAGCCAGACUACAGAUGGUCCUUGAAGCUGCUGCAAAAGCUGAUGAAGCACUAAAAGCUAAAGAAAGGAAUGAAGAAGAAGCAAAGAGAAGAAAAGAGGAAGAAGAAUUUGAUUCCAAAAACUUGCAUGUGUCUAAAGUGUCUCUGGUGAUUGCAGUUUGCUUCAUGCUCUUCUGCAUAAAUGCGUGCUGGAAAGAGCUCAACCAGAGUGACUCACCACAUAACGACCUCCUCCUCUUCACCACUUACUCCCUUACUAGCUACCUAACCUCUCUGGCUAUUUUGGAAGUGCAUGCGUGUAUAUAUGUGCACCACUUGCACGCCUGGUGCUUGCAGGAGGCAGAAGAGUACCUCAGACUGUCUGGAACUAGUGUUAUAGGCGGCUGUGAGCUGCCAGACCAAGCCACGCUGGUGGAACAAGUGAAAAGAGUGAAAGAAAUCGAAGCCAUCGAAAGUGAUUCUUUUGUUCAGCAGACGUUCAGAUCAAGUAAGGAAGUCAAAAAAUCGGCAGAACCAAGCGAAGUGAAACAUGCAACUCCAGCAUCAGGACCAGCAUCAGUAGCUGCUGAGCCACCCAGCACUGGAAAGGAAAUAGACCCUGACAGCAUCCCCACGGCUAUCAAGUACCAAGAUGACAAUUCUCUAGCUCAUCCAAAUUUAUUUAUUGAAAAAGCCGACGCUGAAGAAAAGUGGUUCAAGAGAUUAAUCGCCCUCCGACAAGAAAGACUCAUGGGCAGUCCUGUGGCCUGAGCAAGAAACUUCCGGUUGAGUUGACAAAGCCUUGAAAAUUGAGGGUUUAAAAUACUAAUGUUAACUUUUACUCCUAGAAAUAACUUAGCCAAUUGCAUAGAAAGCAAAUCUCAUUUCUUCCUUCAUGUUCAACUGAGUAUUUGCUGUUUCGAAUCAAACGUUGUGAAUAGUGAGUCUGUUAUAAAAGAUGUGAGUGUGUGAACAUAUUAUCUUGUUAAUAAAACUAAUCAUAAAAAUGUCAGUGUUGAAGUAAAUGAAUAUUCAGUAGUGAAUUUCAUUACGGUUUUUACAAAGUCAUGUUUCUGACCCAAUAUUGGAUAAUUAUAUAAGAGUUAUGAUAUUUAGUAUAAGGUUUCAUCUCCUAUAUAUUAUAAAACUUUUGAAUCUCUCAUCUCACCUUUCUUAGCAUUUUAGGUCUCAUAAAAGGUACUCCAGUCUGCACGUCACAGAAGGGCUCGGGCACCUUGAAGUACGUGAUAGAGCCUUGUCUGAAAAACUUUGAAUUAGAGAUGGGUUUGUAUUCAGUGCCCUUUCCUUUAGAAAUGACAAGCCCAGUGCGUCAGUCACUGCACUGCUGUGACAAAAGCCUGGCGUCACAGCAGAGGAAAGCCUGUGCUCAGCUGCUUCCACUGCUUUUGGGCCUGUGGCAGGCAGAAGCAUAGCACGAGGGCAAGGCACAGGGAAGCCGCUCAGUAUUGGCCAUCAGGAAGCCAAGAGACAGCAUACCCUCUACUCACCUGCUUCUAGUCUGUCCCUCCCGCCAGGCAGCCUAUGCUGUGCCGUGAUGAAGUUACAAUCCUGGGAUCCAGUAACUCUCGCAGCACCACCAGCAGGGAGGAAUCCAAGCCUUGAACAGUUGAGCCUUUGGGGGCCACUGUGUAGAACGCCUUUCUCUGUGGCUGAGCAGCAGAGCUCACUGCAACCCAUACUAAAUGUACUAGAGAGAAGGAUGGAUCCUCGCUGGACAAAACUGGAUUUCAACCCCGGGCACAACAAAUGCUUCCUUUUUCCAUUUGCUCUGCUUGUUUUCACAUGGUCUCUGUGAAGGCUAGAGCUUAAGACACAGCCGUGGGAAGGCCUUGGGAUACGAUACAUUUUGAUUCUCUCGUUUUCAUACUUUAGAACCACGGAAAUUCUUAGCUCUAUUACACAUGAGAAGUACGAAGAACUUGCGCUCAAUUGCAAGUGCCAUGAAGAAGUUUGUUUUAAGUGCUUGUUUUUAUGAAUGCAUUUUCUGGAUCUUAGUAGAGGCUGUCUUCCUCGGUCUAUAAAUAAACAUACCCAGUAUGAAGUCAGCUCUGUGUCGUUGUUAAUGCAUAUCCACGGCUUCACGGCCGUGGUCUCAGGAGGGAUUCGCGUUUCUGUAGUACUUUGCUUGUGAAUUUGUUGUUCAAUUUGUAAGCUGUAGAUGUGCUCUCACCCCUUAGCAAGUCUGUGUCUAGGAAAGGAUGUGGGUGUCAGUUGGCCGUAGGGAGCCUACACAAUUUUCUCAGUAUGUUCAAGGCUCCCCAUCUGUGCAGCAAUGAAGACCCCAUGACCGACUUGAUAAUAUACCUUCCACUCGCGUUCCUUCGGGACAGGGACACCAAAGGCGGUGACUUGAAUUAAAAGGAAUUUGGAUUUUAAAGAUCGGUAUUUUGGUGAAUAAAUCAAAUUGAAAUUGGUUGUUUUUUUAAGUGGACAAAUAAAGUUGGUCCU